AUGGCCUACCAUGGCGUUCCAGGUGGCUACGACCACGAUGCCAUAAACAACGACACGGCUGACCGGCGGCAACCGCAGUACCACAACCAGCACGAGUCGGACGAGGAGGUCGAGCGAUCGCUCCUGCAUACCAACCCUACCGGAGCUUACCAGGGGCCGUUUGACGACACACACUCGCACACGCCCGCUCCACACGAUCACGGCUACAGCUUGACAGAUUCCUAUGUCGACAACUCCCACGUGCCCUCGUACGACAACUAUGACGACUACCGAGGCACUACUCUCCAAGAUCCGGGAUAUCAGCCCACUGGUUCUCCAGUCUCGCGCGCACAAACAACAUCGACCGAAGCGUGGGAAGCAAGAGCACAGAUUGGUGGACCUGCUGCUGGCGGCGGUGGCCUCAAGCGCAAUGCCACACGUAAGGUCAAGCUGGUCCAGGGCAAUGUCCUGAGUGCCGACUACCCCGUACCCAGUGCUAUCCAAAACGCUGUCCAGGCAAAGUACAGAAAUGACCUCGAGAGUGGCAGCGAGGAGUUCACCCACAUGCGCUACACUGCGGCGACAUGCGACCCCAACGACUUUACGCUCAAGAAUGGCUACAAUCUCCGACCAGCCAUGUACAAUCGUCAUACCGAACUUCUGAUUGCAGUGACAUACUACAACGAAGACAAGGUCCUCACUGCUCGCACCCUGCACGGUGUCAUGCAGAACAUCCGAGAUAUCGUCAACCUUAAGAAGUCCGAAUUCUGGAACAAGGGAGGUCCAGCAUGGCAGAAGAUUGUUGUAUGCUUGGUUUUCGACGGUAUUGACCCCUGCGACAAGGGUACCCUGGACGUGCUGGCCACGAUCGGUAUCUACCAGGAUGGCAUCAUGAAAAAGGAUAUUGACGGCAAGGAGACGGUUGCUCACAUUUUCGAGUACACCACUCAGCUGUCCGUAACAGCCAACCAGCAACUCAUCCGCCCUCUCGACGACGGCCCAACGACUUUGCCUCCUGUGCAGAUGAUGUUCUGUCUCAAGCAAAAGAACAGCAAGAAGAUCAACUCGCACAGAUGGCUGUUCACUGCCUUUGGCCGCAUCUUGAACCCCGAAGUCUGUAUCUUGCUAGAUGCUGGAACCAAGCCCGGUCACAAGUCUCUGCUCGCUCUGUGGGAAGCUUUCUACAACGACAAGGAUCUCGGUGGUGCCUGUGGUGAAAUCCACGCCAUGUUGGGUCCUCGCUGGAAGAACCUCGUAAAUCCACUUGUCGCCUCUCAGAACUUCGAGUACAAGAUUUCAAACAUUCUCGACAAACCGCUCGAGAGUUCGUUCGGUUAUGUCAGUGUUUUGCCUGGUGCCUUCUCUGCUUACCGCUUCCGCGCUAUCAUGGGUCGUCCACUCGAGCAAUACUUCCAUGGUGAUCACACCCUCUCCAAACAGCUCGGAAAGAAGGGUAUCGAAGGCAUGAACAUUUUCAAGAAGAACAUGUUUUUGGCCGAGGAUCGUAUUCUUUGUUUCGAACUGGUCGCAAAGGCGGGCUCCAAAUGGCAUCUGACCUACGUCAAAGCCUCUAAGGGUGAGACUGAUGUGCCUGACAAUGCUCCCGAGUUCAUUGGUCAACGUCGUCGUUGGCUGAACGGUUCGUUCGCUGCCUCCAUCUAUUCCCUGAUGCACUUUGGUCGCAUGUACAAGAGUGGUCACAACAUCGUCCGCAUGUUCUUCCUGCACCUCCAGCUCAUCUACAACAUUGCCCAGCAAAUUCUGACUUGGUUUGCUCUGGCUUCUUACUGGUUGACCACUACCGUCAUUAUGGAUCUUGUCGGCACUCCCAGCUCAUCGAACAAUAACCACGCUUUCCCAUUUGGCAACGACGCUACUCCCAUCAUCAACACCAUCAUCAAGUACAUCUACCUCGCAUUCGUCCUUCUGCAAUUCAUUCUUGCCUUAGGAAACAGACCCAAAGGUUCGAAAUUCACGUACAUCGUCUCAUUCUGUUGGUUCGGUCUUGUCCAACUUUACAUCACUGUCGAUUCGCUAUAUCUGGUCGUUCACGCCUUCACAGGAGGUCCAGGCUUCAAUACAGAUAGCACGGACGACUUUGUCAAGUCCUUCUUCUCUUCAACGGGUCCUGGUAUCAUUAUCAUUGCCUUGGCUGCAACCUUUGGUCUCUACUUCGUCGCUUCCUUCCUGUAUCUCGACCCCUGGCACAUGUUCACCUCAUUCCCUCAGUAUCUUCUGAUCAUGAGUUCGUACAUCAACAUCCUCAACGUCUACGCCUUUAGUAAUUGGCACGAUGUGUCCUGGGGAACCAAGGGUGCCGACAAGGCCGACGCAUUGCCAUCAGCCAAGACAGAAAAAGCGCAAGAUGGUAAAGCGACGGUCAUAGAGGAAGUCGAUCUAGCACAAGCAGACAUUGACUCGCAAUUCGAGACCACCGUCAAGCGCGCUCUGACACCGUAUGUUGCACCCAAGGAGAAAGAAAGCAAGACCCUUGAGGACUCGUACAAGAGUUUCCGUACCCGUCUGGUCGUCUUCUGGAUCUUCAGUAACGCAUUACUCGCUGUCGCCAUCACUAGCGACAACUUCGAUAAGUUCGGAUUUACUAGUGGCGCCAGCAAGCGUACUGCAAGGUUCUUCCAGGCUCUGCUGUGGGCAAACGCCAUUGUUGCACUUGUCCGCUUCUGCGGUUGCUGUUGGUUCCUCGCCAAAUCCGGUCUGCUGUGCUGUUUCGCACGCAGAUAA